GUUUCGGGGCAAACAUGGCGCUGCCCAGCGAAAAUGUCGCACACAGGCCAGGCGCCUUCAAACAGCAAAAUAAGGCACAUAAACAUGGUCGUCACAGAAGCAACAGAUCGCUGGAAUCUCUGAGUAGGGGAAAGGUGAGCCUCAAAGCUAUCACGCGCAAAAACAAGCACGAGCUGAAGAGGCAAGAGAGGAAGAAUCAAAUUCAGCAACUCAGAAAGCUGAAACGCGAGGAGGCAACCGAAAGGAAAAGGUCGCUUGGAGGAAGUGGAGUACCCCCUUUCCUUACAGCGAUCAUCCCGCUGCACGCAAACGAGGACCCAGCGAAGUUUCUCGAACUCGUGAAAAGUUGUGACGCGGAAGCGGUCAUCAGCGAGAGCAGCCAGGGAUACUGCCAUAUCAGUCUGCCACGAUUUAAGAAAAGAUACUCCUUUGUGAUUCCAAGGCCAGGGGAUGUGUACGCAACGCUAGACGCUGUUAAGGUUGCUGACUCAACGGUGCUCCUGUACUCCCUUGAUGGUGGCUACGAUGAUGUGGGUGACACGAUGCUGUCAAUCCUCUUUGCCCAGGGAUUGCCAUCUGCAGUCCACGUUGUACAGGGGCUUGAGGCGCUGCCGCAGAAGCAGAGGGCAGAAGCAAGAAAGCAAGUCACCAAAGCGUUGGAGUCUAGGUUUCCUGGAGAGAAGCUUCGUGCGGUGGACAAAAAGGAAGAUGGGCUGCUGCUGCUGAGGCAGAUCGCUGAUCAGAAACGGCGACCGAUAAGCUACAGAGAUUCGCGGCCACACAUGCUUGCAGAGAGCGUAGAAUUCUGCCCCCACGAAAGCCAGAACCUAGUGGGAACACUCAAGGUUUCCGGUUACAUCAGGGGAAAGCCACUCAGCGUGAACUCACUCAUACACAUCCCAGGACACGGAGACUUCCAGAUGACGCAGAUUGAUGCUCCUGACGACCCUCAUGGGCUCAUCCUGAAGUCUCGGGACACUUCUAAGUCAGUGGAAAUGGCAGACCUGACCCCCAAGCUGUUGGAAAAGGCUGACCCUCUCAAGCAAGAGUCGUUGCAGUCCGAAAACGUGCCGGAUGACAUGGACGCCGAGCAGACUUGGCCAACGCCUGAAGAGCUGGCAGAAGCUGAAUCCGCACAGUCCGAGGCAGAGUCGAGAAAGAAAGUGGUAAAGAAGGUUCCCAAGGGCACAUCCGAGUACCAGGCCUGCUGGAUCAUAGAUGCAGAGAGUAGUGGAGAGGGGUCCGACUCUGGUUCCGAAAGCGGGGAUGAAGAGGAGGGAGCUGGAGGCUUUGAACCAAUGGACAGGGAUGUUGAGGAAGUGUCGGACACCGACAAUGCAACCAUUGCCGACGACACUGAAUCGAUCUCCAUUGCCGGAGGAAAGGAGGGCUAUGACAACCAUCUUGACUUAGAAGAGGAAAAAGCUAGUCUUGUGAGAUUCAGGGAGGAGCGCAUGGACCAAAUGUUUCCUGAUGAAAUCGACACACCCCUCGACCGACCUGCACGAACAAGAUUUGCAAGGUAUCGUGGUUUGAAGAGUUUUCACUCAUCCCCUUGGGAUCCCAAAGAGAACCUUCCUCUCGACUAUGCCCGUGUGUUCCAGUUUGAGAACUUUGCCCGGACCAAGAAGCGGGUCAUGUCUGAAGAAAAGGAAGGUGCCAUGCCUGGAUGGUACGUCACCAUACACAUCGCCAAUGUUCCACGAACUGUUUAUGACGCGUUCCAGACCCAAGGGGAUCCCCUGGUGCUGUUUGGUCUGCUGUCGCACGAGCAGAAGAUGUCUGUGCUGAACGUGGCCAUCAAGCGACACCCUGGCUACACCGACCCCAUCAAGUCCAAGGAGAGGCUCGUGUUUCACAUUGGCUAUCGCCGCUUUUCUGCCUGCCCCAUCUUCUCGGCACACACCAAUGGGGACAAGCAAAAAUAUGAAAGGUUCCUACGGAGCGAUGCAGUGUCAGUCGCAACGAUGUUCGCGCCCAUUGUCUUCCCACCCGUCUCAGCAGUGGUGUUCAUUGAGGACGAGAAUGGUCAGCAUAGGCUGGUUGGGUCGGGUGCUGUGCUGGGUGCCAAUCCAGACCGCGUGGUCAUCAAACGAGCUGUCCUGAGUGGCCACCCUUUCAAGAUCAACCGCAAGUCUGCUGUAGUCCGUUACAUGUUCUUCAACAGGGAGGAUAUAAUGUGGUUCAAGCCUGUGGAACUGAAGACAAAGUACGGAAGGAGGGGGCACAUCAAGGAGCCGCUUGGUACACAUGGGCACAUGAAGUGCGUCUUCAACGGCCAGCUGAAGUCGCAAGACACAGUGCUGAUGCAUCUAUAUAAACGCAUGUUCCCCAAGUGGACAUACGACCCUGAAGUGGGCAAGCCUGUCCCCUACUAUGAGAGGCAUGACUCGACGGCCGACGGCGAAGAUUGCAAAGCAUUCAGCCUGAUGGAUUAAAAUGUAAAUUUGUUGUUUGUUUGAA